GCUGUCAAAAUUUUUAAGUAUGACUGUUUCCUAUUCAGAAUCUAUAGCGACUUCAGAUACUUUCACAUUCCUUAAACUAUUGCUGCGUUGGAAGGCAUCUGUGUAUAAAUUAUUAUGGAAGGAUUUAAUAUUUUUUGUGCUUCUUUUCUAUUUAAUUCGAGUCAUUUACAUGAUCAUGCCAAAUUCUAAUCAAAAACAAUUUGAAUCAUUUGUUCAUUAUUGUGAAAAAUAUGCAUCUUCAGUUCCUUUAUCAUUUGUUCUUGGGUUCUUUGUUUCAACUGUUAUGUCACGUUGGUGGAGUCAGUUCCAAAACAUUCCAUAUCCUAAUACAUUGGCUGUUUUAGUGUCGUCUUCAUUGCAAGGAUAUGACGAAGAAGGACGUGCCAUGAGAAGAACAAUCAUGCGAUAUGCUUGUCUUAGCCUUACGUUGAUUUUUAGAGUUUUAUCGCCUAGAGUAAAAAGCAGAUUUCCAAAACUAAAGGAUUUAGUAAGAUCAGGCUGACUUUUGGAUGAUGAGCUGUACAUGCUUGAAGAGCUGGAAGAGAAGUUUCCUGGAUAUAGCAAGAGUUGGCUUCCUAUCAUAUGGGCAGCAAAUAUAGUAUCAAGAGCUAGAAAAGAAGGAAGAAUCCGCAAUGAUUUUUCUGCAAAUGAAAUCACUAAUCAAUUGAAUAUCUUUCGUGCACAAUGUACAAAGUUAAUGAGCUAUCACUCAAUCCAAAUUCCUCUGGUCUAUGUUCAAGUUGUAACAAUUGCAGUCUACUUUUAUUUCUUCACAGCAUUGUUCGCAAACCAAGACACAAGAAAGACUGAAUCAGAUUCUAUUGGAUUUGACACAUUUGGUGCACAUCCGAUUAUUCUGACACUUGAAUUUAUCUUUUAUAUGGGAUGGAUGAAAGUCGCAGAAGCUCUUUUAAAUCCUUUUGGAAUGGAUGAUGAUGACUUUGAUGUUAACUCGAUGAUUGAUAGGAACUUACAAAUGAGUUAUUUAAUUAUUGAUGAUAUGCAUAAUGAACAUCCCGUUUUGUUAAAGGAUCUUUAUUGGAAUGGAAUUCCACAAUCAUUGCCUGAUAGAACAAAAAUAUUAUUUCCUGAACCAGAAGAAUUGGAUGCUGAUAUUAUUGACUAUGACGUAUUAUCACGUAAAAGUGUUUUUGGGAGAGUUUCGGUGUCGAUUAAGAAGAACAAGAAGAUUUACUUGAAUGAUAGAACUGUCAGGUUUGAAAGUGAUUCCAGUCUGAUUCCCGAUCCCAAUCAUAUUAGUGAUAUUUAUAAUAACCAUCCCAAUGUACAGUCAGAGCAAUUGACUUUAAACAAAGAAUUAGAAGAACAGCGUCGUUUAUCCAAGCAAGAUGCAAACAACCUUUAACCAGAGAUUAAUCAAAAUAAAGACUAAGUUUUCUUAAUUUCAUCCAAAAAUCGAGCUUAUUACAACAUUUUUACAUCCUUUGUUGUCAAAUAGAUUCCUAGAUUAUACUGCUUUAUUAUUAUUAUUAUUAUUAUUUAUUUGUCGACGUUACCGUCCGGAAGGAUUAGUAUUUAUACAUGUUUUACUUUUUACAUUGAUUAGUGAUGCAUUUCAUAUCACUAUGGGUGACGUAGAAUCAAGCUUCUAAUCUUCAAAUCUAGGUUUCGAUUAAAUUCAGGCUUUCGUUUCAAUCUUCUGUGGGCGUGACAUGAUACAUUUCAGGUCCGUUCUGACAAUAUUCCAUUAUAAGGUAAUCUUGUAGCUUUCGUUCCUAUUUCUCCCGCUACACUUCAAGUUCCUGAUCCGUUCCUUAAUCCAAGGUUGCCCAAAAUGCCCAAUUAUGGCUUGAUCUCGUAUUUUAAGCAGUCGAAAUAUCUAAACUUCUGAAAAAGAACAAAUUUGGAAAUGGCUGGAUUCGAACCGACGACCUUCGAGUUACCAUACCAAAUUUGAGCCAAGCGCUUUACCUAUUCGACCAGCAAGGCACUUAACUGUUUGUAAUCGAAGAACUGAUUAAUCCACAUUAUUAACACAAUUUUGUAGUCACAAGGAA